AUGUCAGUGGAAGUUCAGCUUGAUGGAAUUUACAGUAAUGCAUUAGAGCUGUCGAAAAAAGACGCUUUUAUUGAAGAUCAACUCGAGUUUAUAGAAGAGGCACUUCUUGACGUGGAAGCUAAUGGUAGUGGAGAUCAGCUUGAGUUUGAUAAGAUCGAAACGGAUCUGGGGCUGCUCAACGAAAAAGAAACUGCAAUCAAGGAAGAGAUCGAAAAUCUCCGCGCAGAAGUGCAAUCCGAAAAUGAAGUAUACAACUCACUCGAAAUGCAGCUGAACUCUGUUAAUGAUACAUUGAAUGAUGUUCUUGAAGAAGUCGGCGAGAGAAGAUCUGACUUUCGUAAACUGAAAGUUGGCAUCUAUGAAGAUCAGGCGAAGACACGAGAUAGCCUAGAAUCAUUCAACGCGACGCUUACCUAUUUGGGUGAAGAAACAGAAGCUCUUGAAGAAGACUUUGCUAAUUCAAAAAGAGAGAUGCUUUUGCAAGAGACUCGAAUGGAAAAAAUUAUUGAUGAAAAGUAUGACGAUUUCACCGAGAAAUUCAGAGAAAUUGACGAGAAAAUAGCGACACUGCAAAACUCAAGCGAGCAAAACUCGCAAAACGAUCAAAACUUUCAAAUUCAAAGCCAAUUACUGAAGAUUUUAAAUCGCUUGGAGAUCGUAGAGUCGUCAAAACUCAUAACUGAAGAGAGAAUGAAACGUAUGGAAGAAAACUUUCAAAAAGAGAAGGCGGAUCUUCUCGAGAUGGUAGAAAAGGCAGAAGAAAAGAGUAGACGAGCAGCUAGAAGUGUGGAAAAAGUUCAACAAGAGCUUGAGCAACUUAAACAAGCGAUAGAGAAGGAAGACACAUCUGGCAAUAAUAAUGUUGAAGAUAAGGAGAAAAAGUGCAAGCUGACGUGUAAAGAAUAUGAUAAUGGAUUUAAAAUAUUAAGCAAAAGAGGCAUAAAAGAUAUAUUUAAAAUCCAUUUAUAA